UGGUGAGCUCUAUGUAAGUAAAUGCUCCCUUCUCCCACUCUUUCCUAGUGCUAGUGAAGUGUGCAGACACAUGCACACACAUUACAAUUACUACUAGAACUAUUCAUCUAUCUUCUAGCUGUUACUUACUUUGUGCUUUCUGCUUUUGAAACUGAAGAUUGAGGGCUCUGUUAAUGCGGACUCCUUUUUUUCUGGAUUUAUUAUCGUGGCUGCAUUUUUAAACAGGAUUUUACUUUUUUUUCUUGAUCAUCGGGAGGACCGAGGUUGAAACAAAAGAGACAGAGAGAGAGAGCGAGAAAGCUGAUAAUCCCUUCAGUAUGACAACAAGAUGACUGUGAGGUUCUGGGCCUCUGGAUUUAGUUUUUGUAACUCAUGGCUAAGGAGUUUCUAUUGAUGAAGUGUAAAGUGAAUGAUUCCUGAUACAAACACCUUGGACAUUGUGACUUGGUGUGAAGAAAGAGAAAGGAACAGUUGGUCAUGCCUACAUGCCACUGUGUACAUGUGGAGUAGGCAUAUUUGGGAGCUAUCUACCCUGUGCAUUUACAGUUGGAUGAUCCAGACCAAAAAACAAAAACAAAAAACUGGUUGCCGCUCUGAAGAGGACAGCAUCAGUCAAGCCUCUAAAACAUGAAUGGUUUCCCCGAAGUGAAGCUGGAGUUGAAUUUCUCGUUCACAUUGCAGAAAAGAGCCUAAGAGUUACAAAAGGUCUUCUUUGGGUUAGGGUUGUUAACCACUACAAAAAAACCCCUCCACCUACUGGGUUUUCAAUAUUAACUGAAUCGCUUUCUUGGACAGGUGCAGGAAGCUUAAGGUUUGUCUUCAAACAGAGGUGUUAUUUAUAUACUUCUGUGCCAUGGUAAACCCUUUCUUGGAAUGAUCACUAAGAAUUGUGAGACUAGCCAGGAGAUCAACAGUAUAAACAAGGAUCACCUGUGCAACCACUGUGAGUGCAGGAAAUAACCAGAGACUGGACCAUACUGUUUAAAAGCCCUGUCUUACAAGCUGACAUUUAUCUGCAUUGGAUUUCCGUGAGCACAAGAGUUGCUAACACCUUUAAAUCAGUGUGUUAAGAAAUAUCCAGCUGGCCUAAAAUGUCACCAUUAAGAAUGAGCUACCAGCACAAGAGAUUCCUUCUCUUAUGGAUCCAAAUAGGACUGUGUCUCGGUUUGAUAGGUCAGUCCGUCAGCGCUGCUUCCUGCCCCAAGUCGUGUCGCUGUGAUGAAACCUUCAUUUAUUGCAAUGACCGAGGUCUGACGUCCAUUCCCAGUGGAAUUCCUGAGGAUGCUACAACCCUCUACCUGCAGAACAACCGGAUAAACAAUGCAGGGAUUCCAGCAGGACUGCGGAAUUUGAACAAAGUGGAAAGAAUUUACCUCUAUUGCAACAACUUGGACGAGUUUCCAACUAACUUGCCAAAAUAUGUCAAGGAACUUCACUUGCAGGAAAAUAAUAUUAGGACUAUCACACACAACUCGCUGGCUCAGAUUCCUUACAUAGAGGAGCUCCAUAUGGACGAUAACUCUGUUUCGGCAGUCAGUAUAGAGGAAGGGGCAUUUCAAGACAGCAACCACCUUCGACUUCUGUUCCUGUCUAGGAAUCACCUUAGCACCAUCCCUGUAGGUCUCCCAACAUCCAUCGAAGAGUUAAGAUUUGAUGAUAACCGUAUUUCUAUCAUAACUGAGCAGUCCUUACAGGAUCUUAUAAACUUGAAACGCCUAGUCUUAGAUGGAAACCUCUUAAACAAUCAUGGAGUAGGAGAGAUGGCAUUUAUGAACCUUGUUAACUUAACUGAGCUGUCUUUGGUUCGCAACUCUCUCACAGCUCCACCAAGCAACCUGCCAAGCACUUCCCUAAAAAAACUAAAUCUCCAGGAAAACCACAUCAACCGGGUGCCAGCCAAUGCAUUCUCUUAUCUCAGACAACUAUACCGCUUGGAUUUAUCCAGCAACAACUUGAGCAGUUUGCCCCUGGGUGUCUUCAAUGAUCUAGACAACCUAACCCAGUUAUUGUUGCGCACUAAUCCUUGGUACUGUGACUGCAGAAUGAUAUGGGUGCGGGAUUGGUUGCGUAGCUUGUCAGCUAGGGUAAAUGUACGCGGGUUAAUGUGCCAAGCACCCGACAAAGUCAAAGGGAUGGCUAUUAAAGACCUUGCUACCAAUUUGUUUGACUGCAAAGAGCCAGAAAUAUUCCCCACUGUUCAAACCACAACUGUGGUUUCAAACACACUGCCAACUUUCAGAGGCCAGUGGCCUGCAUCUGUGACCAAAAGGCCAGCAGUCAAAAGACCUGACUUGAACAAGAUCUAUCAGACCACAACACCGCCAACCAGGAAAAUCAUUACAAUAAGUGUGAAAUCUAUCAGCCCUGAAACUGUUCACAUUUCCUGGAAAGUCGCACAGCCUCUAACAGCCUUACGACUCAGCUGGCUGAAGACAGGCCACAACCCUGCUUUUGGUUCCAUCACUGAAACUAUUGUGCAAGGAUAUACAACCGAGUAUUUACUCACAGCACUGGAGCCAGAGUCUUCAUACCGGAUAUGCAUGGUUCCUAUGGAAACCAAUAAUUUAUAUCUGUCUGAUGAAACGCCUGUCUGUAUACAAACUGAGACUGCAUCUCUAAAAAUGUACAACCCCACAACAACUCUGAACCGGGAGCAAGAGAAAGAACCUUACAAAAACUCCAGCUUGCCUUUGGCAGCUAUAAUAGGAGGAGCUGUGGCACUUUUGGCAAUUAUAAUGCUAGCAUUGGUUUGCUGGUAUGUUCACAGAAACGGCUCUCUGUUUUCAAGGAACUGUGCAUACAACAAAGGCCGUAGAAGAAAGGAUGACUAUGCUGAGGCUGGAACUAAGAAGGACAACUCUAUCUUAGAAAUUAGAGAGACUUCUUUUCAAAUGAUACCAAUAAACAAUGAGCCAGUGUCAGUGUCUAAGGAGGAUUUUGUAAUACAUACCAUAUUCCCACCUAAUGGCUUGAGCCUAUAUAAGAACAAUCACAGUGAAACCAGCAGUAGCAACAGAAGCUAUAGAGACAGUGGAAUUCCAGAUUCAGAUCAUUCUCAUUCAUGAUAAUGAAUGGCAUAUUUUAAAACUUUUUAAUAAAAAAUAUGGGACUUGAAAAUUGGUCGCUCUUCAAUUGCAAAACACUGGAUUUUAAAAGACUGAAGAAAUGUUCUGUACAUUUGCCAUAUAAUUUAUAUUUAAGAACUUUUUAUUAAAAGUUUUAAAUUACAGGUUAUCACUGGACUGUGAGGGGACGUCUGGUCACUAAUUACAAUUCUAUAUUUUAGAAAUUUGUAGUAAUUUGUACUGUAUUUUCUUUGCUUAAGGCUUCAGACCAAUUAAAUGUUGUGUUCUGAACUAUAACGACUUGUCAACUGUGAAAGUGGAUUUUUUUUUCUUAUUGUGUUGAACAAUCAGACUUUUUAAAAAUGACAUUUGAGAACCUUGUAGUAUAAGCACAGGUCAUUUUUUACUUGGUUGGUAUUGUAACAACAAAACACAACAAUACACUACAGUCAAAAGGGUCCGUUGCAGGGGGACCACAGAAAAAGAACUACAAUCACAUCUGAGCUCAGAUCUUCACCAGACAGGUUGUGAUGGGCAACACAAUGUACUGAAAAGGGAUUUUUUAUAAGAAUCUAUGUUGCAGUAUAAAUAAACAUCAGACAUUUUCUGCCUUGGAGUGGCAGUGCAAAGAUCCAUACCUGUCAUUGCCUGAGGUUACAGAAUUAACUAAGCACACAGGCUAACACAACCGAAAACCUACCACAAACUGGAAAAUGACAAGCAGAUACAGCGGUCGUUAAAACAAAGUAUAACAGCUCACACAGGUGAUAUUGCAAUGCAACAUUUUGUGUACAAUAUGUAAUAGCUAGGACAAAAAACAGACAUAUAAAAGCAAAAUAUUGCAUUCUGGCUUUUUUUAAAAAAUAAAGUGUCAGCCGAUUCUUUUGGUUCUCUUUUUUUUUUUUUUUUUACCAAGCCACUUUUUUGUUGCCACAAUUUAAAUGUUCUUUACAACUGAAAACCAAAGUGCACUGUAUGCCCUUUGGCCAGUUUUGUAUGUGCCUUGAUCCAAUGCUUAUUGUAUUUAGCUUUUUAAAAAUCAGUGACUUAACUUUUUUUCAUACACACUUGAAUAUGAGAAAAUUUUGGUCAUAUU